AUGGCCGUGGUCGCCGUGGCCAAAACAGCUACCCCACAGUACUUUCGCGAGGGUGAGCACGAGCAUUUCGCAUGGGACUGCAGCUCCGAUGUACACGAAGACUGCAUCCGCGCCAUGCAAACAUUGGUCAAAGUGCCUGCGGUCGCUGUGAUGCUACCCAUGCCCCUCAACGAUGAUGCGCAAGAAGCAUUACGCGACAUCAAGCAAGCAGGCAUUGAGAUCGUAAUCUCGGCCGAGACGAGCUUUUGGGAGAGCCCCAGAAUGCUGUACAUCCUCAAAAUAGAGCCGGUCGAGACCAAAAGUCCAGUCGGACAACUACAGAAGUUUCUGGAGGUAGUGGCUGAAGCCACACUGCCUGUGAAACCUCCUGAUGGACCAUGGCUUUGGUCCCUGCAUGAGCCUGAUGUCGCUGCGGCCCUUCUGGUUUGCGAGGUAAUGGGCGAUUCGGAGAAUUGCUUCUGGCAUCUACUUCGCAAUUUGCGCAUCCUCACGCCCGUCUGUGCGCUGGAGCAGCAGCGGCAUGUCAAGGAGCAGUAUGCUCCAUCGACUACCUAUGUUCUGGCAUGGAUGAAUCAGUACACGCAAGGCAUUUGGCCACUGCUUGUUUUGACCGUACCUUUCGCUAUUUUCGUCGAAGAAGAUCGACUAAACGAAGCCAGCUGGGAGUUCUACGCGCUCCAGGCAGUGGUCAUCCUCUGGGCGAUUUUCAUGAUUGGCCGAUCCCGACAUCGUUCCUCCUUCGUUCAGUCCUACGAGGCCGGAGAAAGCAAAACCUGGGCCGCAGAUUUCAACAAGGUGAAAAUCACGAAGCGGCAGAUCCUGCGGAGAAUUAUGUCUCAGACCGGUGCCGGCAGUGAAUUCGCUGCCAUGGUAAAUCUGAGCCUCGGCAGGGUUCAACGUCACCCGGUGACCCAAAACCCGGACCACAAGAAGAUGGUUCACCACAGGCUGUGGGUGGCAUGGUGCUUGCUCCUUUCAGUCCUGGGAUGCGGCAUCUGCCUUGUGCUCGCCGGGCUCUUCCUUCUGUUUACCAUGGAAUUGAAAUUCAUAUUGAUCUAUGAGUGGGGCGACUGCUACCACCUGGAAUGCCACGAUCCGGCAAUAAAGCAUGGAUUUUCCGGCGUACUGUCCAUGAUCGGGUGUGACAUAUUGCUGGCAUUGACUCUCAACGUGGCUACCGGCGAGCUUUGCAAAGCAUUUGCAUACCGCAUUGCCAAGACGUGGAACUUUCGCAGCAUGAUCUUGCGACAGUUUGUGGAGCACUUCACCGCCAUCACCAUCGACAUUGUGGCCACGAUUGGAAUGUUUUCUUAUCUUGCCUUCGCCUUCCUACCCGAGUGGGAGACGACAACGCCAACGGACUGGUGGGAUUCCUCCGGUUGCGACCUCUUUUGGGACUUCCAGGCCUGCCGAGCCUUGCGCGGCUGCGAUGCGGACGACCAAUCUUGUUGCUCAGGAACGCUUUUCUGUGCAAGGAGACGCGAGGUAUUUGAGGCGUGGCUUGGUGGUCUCUUCGUGGUCGCCCCUUUCGUGGAGAUUCUCAUGUUGUUCAUAGUUCCGCUGUUGGCCUACUUGAUUCAUGUGCACUGCGAGCUGGAUCGACUGGGGAGGCUCGUCGCCUUCAUUUUCUUAUUGGAUGGAGCAGUGCUUGGCCUCCCGUAUAUCUGGAGGGGAUUCCCUUUCAAAGCUCCGAAAAUCAUCCAGGAAAACGUGGAGGAACUGGAAGUGGGCGAGGAUGGCGGCGAUGCGAAAGAGGCAAAAGAGAUGCUCUACUUGACGGAUAAGGACCAUCCCCAGGGUGCCACGACGAUUGGUGGACUCUUUGGCCCCUUGGACCAGCGGCUUCUGCGCCCUAUGGAUCCUCUGGACGAGCUGAAACUUUUGAAGCUCAAUUUCUUGGUUAUGGUCUUGUUUGCUCCCAUCAAUCCCAUUGGAGUGAUCUUCCAGAUGCUGGCUCGCCAGCUGGACCUGCAUAGUCGGCUGCCAAAGCUGCUGAUGGUAAGACGUCGCGGCUUUCCCACCGACAACCGGCUGGCCCAUGCCAGCCAGAAUUUGUUUGGCCUCAUGAUCCUACCCGUUGCAGCACUGUGGCAUACAGGACUGAGCUUGGUUUCUGCAAACCCCGACCUACACACACAACCGCAUGGCAUUGUUGUCAUUGUUUGGUUUGCAAUUGGCUUGGGAAUCUCAGCCGCGGCGCUGCUUGGCCAGUGGCUGGUCACACGGCUCUUUUCCUGGCUCCGCUGGGGCAAGGAGCUGGAGAUCGAAGCGGGCGACGACGAGGCGGAGCGGGAGGAGGCCGAGGAGGCCAAGGCUGCCGACGCCGCCAGAGCUGCCGCCGCCUCGGCGGAGUCGGAAGCCGCGGCCCCGUCCUUGACCCUCUGA